GCAGCUUGCAGGUCUGAGGGUGGAUGAAUUAGGCCUGCGUGGAGAAACUUCGGCUGCCUUCUCCUCUCGCGUGGAAGAAUGUCGAAGGAAACUUUCACGUUCACCUCUUCCACCCUUCGCUCCCUGCGUCUGCAGCAAGAAAUGCUGGAAUGGGAAGACCGGCGGAGGGCUGCGUCUCGCCAGUCUGUAAGUCGGAGAUACCAGCCUACUUUGGGGAGCCUCUCUGCACUCCCCAAACUUGCCCGACGCCCACAGUAUUGCCGGGAUCCUGCUGUUCACAAUGCCCUGUACACAGGAGACUUGCCAAGAGUCCGGAGCAUUUUUAAGGACGAAACUACUGCCAACUUGAUUGUGGAAACCCUCAGUGAGGAGCUGGUGUGGUCUGCCGAAAUGGGGCUGUGGGUGCUGACCCCCCAGAAGAAGCACACUUCUCCAUUGUGCAUCACAGCGGCCAGAGGCUACCAGGAUUGUGUGAAGCAUCUGCUCCUGCAAGGGGCUGAGGUUGAUGCUGUCGUUGGUGGGAAAGCCGCCAUUCACGAAAGCUGUGCCAACCACCGCGCAGAGUGCACCCGCCUGCUCCUGAGCCACAGCGCAAACCCCAACCUUCUUUCGGAGGACGGAUUGGCCCCUCUGCAUCUCUGCACCACUCAGGAGUCUUUGCCAUGUGCCCAGCUGCUCCUGGAGUACGGAGCUCUGGUCAACCAGAAUACAAGAGACCACCGUGCUUCCCCAUUACACGUGGCUGCAAAGCAUGGCCUGGACGACCACGCGAAGCUCUACCUCUGCUAUGGAGCACAGGUUGCCCACAGGAACCGAGAGGGAGAGACAGCCCUCAACGCGGCCUGCGCCAGUGCGGACAGGCCUGAGGAGGCUGGCCGCUACUACCGGGUGGUGAAGCGACUGCUGGAAGGUGGGGCCGACGUCCGGAUAGCUGGCCGGAAGAACCAUACACCCUUGCACAACGCCUGCAGCAACUGCCACAUCCGCAUUGUGGAGCUUCUGCUGCAGCACGGGGCACAGGUCAACGUUAGAAACUGCGCCGGCUACACACCUGUGGAUUGUGCCCUGCAAGCGGUGGAGGAUUACCUGGAGGGGCAACCUGAGAGGCUUAUAGCCACCUUGCUCGACCAUGGUGCUGCUUCUAUCAAUCCCAAGAUGCUAAAAUUUUGUGCCUUGUCACCUCAGGCUAUGGAAGUUGUUCUAAAUUCCUAUGACCGGAUCCCACCCUGUGAUUCUUGGGUGGAUUCUGUGCCUCUUGAAGUGUGGCAGGAGCAUCAGGUGUUCUACGAUUCAGCCAUCUGCCUGGUGAAUCAGCCCCGCCCUCUGCAACAUCUGGCCCGUUGUGCUGUGCGGAAGCAGCUGGGGCCGCAAUGCCAUCAGGGCAUUGCUCAGUUGAAACUGCCACCUUCUCUGCAAGACUACCUGCAUCUCCCACUGGAGGGCUAUCUCCAGUGAUGAGGAAUGUACACACUGGCCUCAAGAAGAUUGAAGUCAAAAAUUCAGAAUGACAUACUUAUUUUUCCAAGUGGCCAUUUCUCCAAAUUUAAGAGGCUGCUCGUUAAGCACUAUUAAUAAGGUUGUGGUGAAAUGUAAAAUUGUCUGGGAAUGGUAUAUUCAGUAGCCAUCUGCUCUCUCAUCUUGAAGUGGUCAAGGAUCGCCCUAGAACUUGGGGCCUGCAUGAGCACUUGGGCACCUGACACUUUAAAUCUAAUUUAUUUUAAUUAUAUUUUAACACAUUUAUAUUUAUGUUUAGGUCUGAAAAUGGCUGACAAUUGCCCCACAAUGUACUGUUAGGCCCCUUCACCAUAAUCUUUGACUGCACCUACCCCAUGAUAUAUGCUGUAAUCUGAACCUGAUUAGUAUUAAACUGAUUAUUUCCUUUA